AUGGAAGAUGGCAUUAUGCAGGAAUCUCAACUAUUAAGACCAAAGCCAUUCCUUUCCCACCCGAUCCCAGAAUGCUCGUGUACAACUGUUAAGACUUCUGAGAAUCUACAUCCGGGCAUGAACAGUAAUCUCCAUGUUCCGUUUGGAGGACAGGAUGAGUGCCCCAAUUGGAUGGUACAAGCUACAAAAACAGGUGGAACCCAAGAGAGCACUGAUGAAGAGACUGAAACACAAGAAGAUGAGAUUGAUUCGGGACAGGAGGAAUCUGAUGGCAGUGGUGAAGCUGACACAAUCCCUUCUGUGGAGCUGGACGAGGAAAUGGAUCCUGAUGACUAA